AUGCCCCUGAAACUUUCUCAGAGUUUCUCCUUCUUUGGCGGUGGAAGUUCCUCGUCGUACGAUGACAAGAAGGCGGAUGCCUCAACGGAGCGGGGUCGCCCUCCUUCUCUUAGGCUGCAGAUGGAGAAGGAGGUCUACAGGCCGGGCGAUUCGAUCGUAGCAACUAUCGAGAUAUCGAAUGGGAUAUCCAAGGGGGAGCCUCCACGUCCUGACGAUGGUUUAUCUACGUUUAUGGUGGACAGCAUGUCUUUUGAAAUCAAAGGCAUUGAAAAGCGAGAUACCCAAUGGUUUGCCACACAAAAGCCGUUGCCGGGCUCCAAGGAGAAGAGAGGUAAUGUAUUGCAUUUCCUCCGUUCUUGGAGAUCUACUUGACUCAUCAUCGUUCAUUAUACGCUUGGUCGGACUUGUCAUUUGCUCUUUGGAUCUGCCACUACUCAUGCAGCGACAAGUUUUGGGUUUCUUGGAGAACUCUGGGAAAAAAAAAAAGUGGAUUGAUCUUUUCUUCGGAAUUUUUAUGACCGUAUUACCUCGUACGCAUGGGUCAUCACCGUGUAUUUCAACACCACGAGGGAUAUUUGUUGGGAGUGUUUCGGGCGAUGGGUUCCUCGACAUUUGUUGAUUAAGGAUUGGGUGGAGUCAGCCAGGAUAAGGGGUGCUUCUUCAAUCCGUGCUGUUUUAAUUUCUCUUUCUUCAGGAUGACAGGCAUCCCAUCUCUGUGGACUUGGGUCUAUCUUGUUCAAUCCUGCCUGGAUUGGGCUCUGAAUUGGUACCACAUGGUCUUUGAAGCGUUUGAUGACCAUGCUUUAUCUUAACUAGAAAAUUAUAGCCUAAUUAGGGGAAAUUGAUAAAGACAUGCUAAAAUAUCUGAUGACUGAAUCAGAAGAUACAGUUUUCUUAUCGAAAUAUGGGCUAUACCCAAGAGUUCAUCUCCCUAUUACAUAGAUGAGAAUCCUUGCUUUAGCCAUGGGUUUACAAUUAACUGCACUGCCUCAAAGCAUUUCGGGGAGAACCCUUAACUAUAACUCAUUCACAUCAUUUUAUUUUUCUGUCAUGAACUAUUACUUCCCUCCACCACUGAGUACCUCUAACCACCAUCGCUUCUAGACUUUUCUCUUUCUAUGAUUGAUGAUAUUCCUUUUGAGAUCAAGAAAUAUUGAAAAGACUGACCUCUUUUUGCCUUCUUCAAGUGUUCAGUUGAUCAUUUGUUAUGACUCCAUUAUUGCCACUGGCCACUGCUGUUCACUACUGCUUUUUUCUUGUGCUGCCAAUCACAAACACUACUCUCUAUUACCACCAGACAUAUACUAUCAUCAAUUAUUGUUUCUGACUGGCAUUUCCAGCCAGUACUAUUGCCUCCAGUUCCACGCCAAAAUAGCUAUGCAUAUCCUUCACAACCAAUUACUGCUGAUUACUAUCACGGUUGGCCAACUCUGCCACUAACCACCACAAGAUUGUUACUGACCCCCACGUGUUUUAGCCAUCGUCCUUGAUUAUUUACCACCAAUUUCGACCUGCCAAUCUUCACUAUCGCUCUCUUGUACUAGCACCUCUUCCCCCAUGAUCCAUCUCAUUGGAAGCUUUGUUAUUUUUGAAAUAGUUGUCAUCAAAUAGUGUGACAGUUAAAGUCUUAAAAUAUAUUCGAUUAAGAUUUGCGAUGUUGUAUUGAUGAAACAGUUGAAUUCUCUCAGAGAUAAGACAGAAUCCACUGUGUUAACUAGAUCUUCAAUAACAUAUUCCCAGGAUUGCCGGGGAGAUUGGGAUGCGUUGGUACUGAUAUUAACUACUCACAUGGGGCCCCUUUGGUGGCCGAUCCUGCUUGUAAUCCUGUGGUGUGUAUGGACCCAAAGGAAUAUUUUGAUUUUCAACAGGCAAAGUCAGCAAGUUGAGCGUAUGAUCAUGUGGUACUUGUGAGAGAGUAAAGGUGUGUGCAAUGACACGCUGUGGGGGAUGGGUGGUGGGAAAAGAUACAUUUCUUUAUUUUAAGGAUGGAUUGUUUGUGAUAAUCUUUUCACUACUGUUGUGUAGACGAUAUUUUGUACAAGGGGGUUCACGGAAGAAGUUUUUGUACAUUAUAACCUUUUUUCUCUUUCGGCUUUUAAUGAAUGCAAGAUACUAUCAACUUAAAAUAUUUAUAAUUAUUUCAUUUUUUAAUUUUAUGAUAUAUAUUUUUUAUUAAUUAUACGAAUAUAAGAUAAGAAUCUCGUUCUCAUAUUUCAACAUUCAGUUUUAUGAAAUGUUUCAUUAACCACUCAUUCUAAUUUUGGUUUCCGUACUUUUCGCUGAGGAACUUGUUGGUACCUAGGUUUUCGCUGAUGACUGAUUUGUUAAACUUCUUAUAUGACGUGGAAGGUAGCUGAGCCUGUUGUUUUAUGAUAGAUUGGAAACACUAUAGCACACCCCGAUAACUUAACCUAUGAGGUUGAGAUAAGUACUUAAAACAUUGUUUCUUUGUUGCCCUGUUAUAAGGGAGGCAUCGGGGAAACAUUCUUGAAUGGGGUUAUAAAGGUGAUUUCUGGUUAGUUGAGAGGUUUUUAUAGCUUAUAUGAGAUGCAUAGGUGAUUUCAGCUCAGGACAGCUACAUGACUACGUUUGCUAGAUCAUCCGUUAUGCGUUGCUACCAUCUAAAUACGAGGGGACAACUUUGCUUAGGUUGUUCAAUGGCUUCAUGAAGUUCGUGACAUGGAUGACACAGGUGUUGGGCAUUUCCACUGGGAGGCAUUCUGUAUUGGUUCAUAAUUUUUGGUGACACGUUCAACUAUUCUAUUUGAGGGGAUGUAUCAGUUCAAUUACAUCAUGAUCUACGUGAACACUUAGUCUGGUCUUUUUGCAGUUCCUUUCUGCGAUUUGUUCUUGGGUUCCGUACUAAAAUAUUUUGUAAUACUGGGCUACGAAGAAAAGCUUCAGAAUUUAAUAUGGAUACGUGCAGAAAAUAAAAGAAUGCUGAUGAAAUGUUUUGGGUAUUUUCACUGGAGACUAGCUAUGGUGAUUGGAUAUCAAUAUUACCAGGAGAGGUUAAUAAAAAUGGAGACUAAAACGUGUGGCUGAAGGUGUUUUUACUGGAUUUAAAUAAAUCACACGUCAAAGGAUAUGCUGAUUGGACUUGGAAAAAUCACAAAUCGAAGGGAUAUUCUCUCAGGAAAAGAGGAUCAUUUUCGUUAUGUUUUUAGUUCCUCCGCCACCAUGUAUUCAUUUAUACACGUUGCUGUUAGUCAUCUUUACUUUCUAACAGGAAUAAUGUUUUUGAGGUCAAUCUUUGUUCUUCUGACGGGCAUGUUUGCAGAUAUUUAUCGUUAUUGAUUCGCUUUUGCCUUUUUAAGCAUGCAGGUGAAAACGUUUUCCUGGAUUGCACAACUUCAUCAAUUGUUUCAAAAGUCAUAAUUUCUAAGGGAGGUUCUAAAGCAUGUGAGUAUACCCUUUUGUUCAUUUAUCCCGACAUUUGGUAGUGACUUCUAAUAACCUAUAUAUUUGACACAUGAAAAAGAUGCCGUAGACAAUUGGCAAUAAUCUUCAUUUUUGUAUUCUUCUAAUAUCAUUGAGAAGGUUGAAUACAAAUUUGAGAUUGAAGAGACAAAGGGUGGAUCAAAUAAGCUUAAAAAUUUGAAGAGUCGGUGCAUGUCAGCAGUCAAAUUACAUGUCUGAGACUCUCAUAUUACAAUCAUAAUUUUUUUCUCUUUUAGUCGUCUCUAUCCAUAUUCUUUUUAACAUUUCUCUUCCUUUUUAAGAGCCCUACUCGAAAUGGUAACUGGCGCUCCUUCGUAUCUUCUGAUCAUGUCUUAAUUUUUUUUUUUUCUCAGAAAUGGCUUUUGUGGAUUGUUAGCGUUGUUACAUGCAUACCCGAUAUAUCCUUGAUAGUUUAUCUGGUGUAAUUUAUUUUUUUUCUUGAGUUUCUGUCCAGCCACCCUGGGUUUUAGCUUCUUCAUGCUGAUCGAGAAAUAUAUUAUGAUUGCAAAGUUUUCUAUAUAAUGGUUUUCUUUACCUAGUUAAAUGUCUCUUUCUCCACAUUUGGAAGAUGUUUUCCGCUUUUUCAGGGUGGAAGCAGACGAUUCUCCGCAAAAAAAUGAGCCAAAAAUUGUGAUUUUUAUUCAAAUUUGGAUACAAAAUCAUGAAAAAGUAUCACUUCGGUGGUCUUUUUGCAGUUUUUAAUGAAAAAAACUGGAUAAAAUGUAGUUUAUAACAUGGUGGGUGUGUUUGACUAGCAGUUCUGAUUUUCUAGGACAUUCUUUGUCAUCUUGUACAUUGUUUGAAGGGGUCCCCAAGUAAAUACUAACAGUUUCUCUAAUCUAGUACUGUCUUUGAAGGAGGUCCAAAGUAUUAAAAAUCUCUUUAAUGUUGGAUAGUGUUUGAAGGGGCCCUUAAGUAGGGUUUCUUCGUAGCUUCAUCACUAUAUCUUUAUAACACAGUGAUAAGGAAAAAUGAAAUCGAAAAGAAAAAGGAAAAAAGUAUUGUUGGUAAUAAGAACAACAAAAUAUGCUUAACUGGGUGUGAGAUACGAAUAAAAUAAUUUAGGGGAAAAAUGGGCACCAGUUUUGAGUCUGGCUCUGUCUUGAUUUUGAACAUUGUCAUCAACAGCUGAAAUUUAGAAGUUAGGACCUUUCAAAAAUAAUUUCUUUUGCUUCCCUUUUUUUCAUUUUUAGUUUCCGUUCAUUUGGGAUGAAUGUGUCCUAUUCACUUCAAUGGUGAGAAAAUUUUCCAUUCCAGUGUUUCAUGAAGAAGAAAAACGCGUCUCACCCCUACAGUGUGGGGCAAUCGUCACCUUCAUAUUUUUAGUUUGCAAAUAUCUUCUAGAUUUGAGACAUUACAUGUCAAUUUAGCCUUUAGCUGAUAGUUGGUUUGUGUAAGGAAACAUGUCUGAAGUACCCUUCAGCUGAUAGUUGGUUUGUGUGAGGACACAUGUCUGAGGUACCCUUCAGCUGAUAGUUGGUUAGCUGGUUCUUAAGUUAACUCGUUGUUCUUUGGGUAUAUCUUAUAUAGAAAAUGAGAUUGAGGGUCUUUUUUUUGUUCACAAACUCUUUUUUGAGUUAAUCUGGUUCAAAUGUGUAAGCCAGAAGGUAGUUUUUCCCUUAUCAGCUUGCCAUCUGGGUAACUGAUUGGCAGAUUUCUCUGGCCAUUUCUUCUUAAUUUUUCCAUAUUAAUAUGAAUUUCCUAAAACUUUAAAUAGGAAAAUCGGAACUGUGAUGUUUUGAAUCAUUUCAUCCAAUGGUACUUUAUUUGACCGCAGACUUCCCAUUUUUGUGUCUAGUUCAAACAUCCUCUUGGUUAAUGGGUUGAGGGAGACUUUACCAUUUUUUGACGAGCUAGUUAUUUUAGAUAUUUCAUUAAAACUUGGUCUACUGAUAAAUUUUGAUUGGUCUUUUCCACUGGAAGAUGAUGCAUUAAUGAUGAGUCUUGUUUAGAAAAGUAUAGCGAAGGGACAAAACUGUUGGAGUUUUUUGUCUUCUUUCAACCUAGUUUCAUGGUCUUGAUGUUCCUACAAUGCUUGAAAUUCUAUAGCAUGUCUUUACGGCUGUUUUCUUUAUUUUUUUAGUGAUUUUUGUCAUUUCGUAAUUAAGGUAUUCCUUUGCUAAGGUCAUUGCUUUGUUGAAAUGUUUGUAUUUAUGUUGGCCUGCAGAUGAAGUACGAGCAGAACUACCAAGGUUCUUACCACCAUCAUACAGGGGAACAACCAUUCGCUACAUGUACUAUGUGAAAACUACAAUAUGUGGGCGAUGGCUGGUUUUGGAGAAUGGGCAUUCCAAUGCACAGUCUGGAAAUGAUUUAAUUCAGCUGGUACCUUAGCUAAAACUAUUUAUGUUAGAUACUUGUCCUCCUGACACUGCUAGUUUUAGAUAUCAAGAAAUAUUUCCAUGUUUUAUUCUUCUAUUGAUAAUUGAUUUGGUUCAUUUUCCCCCCUUGCAUGCGUGAUUUGUAACUUCAACCAAUGAAGGAAGCUCGUCAGCCAUUGCAAAUAUGGGGGGCACAGAAGACUGGUGGUGUGAAAAUUGAAGAAAGUCAAAGUGAUGGUACAGUAUUAUUAUUGAAACUGUUAGGUUCUGUUUUGUUGAUGCGUUGUGACUUGUGAACAAUACUGGCAAAAAAUAUAGGUUUACUUUCCUGGUUUACCUACUGAUUUGCGAACGUGAAGGAUAUCCCCAAAACUUAUGUUGAUUUAUUGUGUGCAUUUUGAUUUCUUAAAUAGGCAUUUUUGUACUGGUACGGUUUUUUGAAGGGCUAUAACUUUGCCUCUUCUAUCUUGUUUUUUGUUGUGUUUCUGCUGUCUUAUUAUAAAUACGUAUUGCUGUUGGAGAUCUUUCUUUUUUCUUUCUGCCCUCGUUUGCUUUCAUUCGUUUCUUGUUCAUAUUAACAUUUUUCAUUACUGAAUUAAAACAGAAGAUGCUUUCUACAGUCAUUUUUGCUUUUCUAAUUUUGUCCAAACAAGGUCUAUUAUGUGUACCUAUUCCCUACCUUAUAGCAUUUAUUCCGCAUACGAAUUGAACGGUCCACUUGUGAGGCUGGAAUGUGUUUAAAUAUAUGAUUUAUAGUAUCUGAAGUGUGGAAACUUAUAGCUAUUUCAAUUUCAUGAAAUGUUCUCAAAUGCCCAUGAUUUCUAGUUGUGCAUUAGGUUCUUUUGGUAUGAGGAACAUCAAGAAUUAUUUUCUUGGGAUUUUUCAGGAAUUUCUCCGAAGACAACUGCACUGGUGGAUGUAUACUGGAAAGAGAAGGAUGUGGACUCAGAGUGGGUGUGUGUCGUGAAACUUCUAUGUCAUUUCAACUGAGAGACCAACUGUAGCUGCCUUACCCUGAUUCUGUAUAUAUUUUUGUAGUUAUGAAAAUAUUAAGAAUAGGAAAAGAAGAAGAGAUCAAAGAAAAAGACAAAAAACGAAAAAAAAAACCUUGAUGGAUGAGGAAUUAUUGUCAUACCAUAAAGCCACCGGGCUGACAUAGGCUAUAAUAUGAGGCCUGUAAUAUUGUCCCAUUUUGCCACACAAAAUGGGGCUAGAUGUUGGUUUGUGUGGUUGUCUAGGUACCAUCUUAGCAAAAGUACUCACUGUUUCCAGAACUCCUUAAUUGUAAUAGAUAUUGGGUGUGGCCCUUCUUACUUGUCCCUUUUUUGUUUCAUAUUGUUUUUUCAGGACUGUACAAGCGGAUAUCUCAAAUCUCAAUGGAGUGGUCACUAAAUGAAUGCUAUUUUUUUUCCUUAUUCUCUAAAUAGAGUGAUUACACCAAUAGUUUAGCAAGAAAACUGGAAUACUUGCUAAAAAACUUUCAAUCAAGAUCCAGGUGUGAGGUGUAUUCUGAAAGUCUUCCCAGUUCACUAAAAUUCACACAUCACGUUAGAUCUUGUUUUUUCUCAGUAUAAUUCAUGUGGGCUAAUUAAUGAUUUUUUGAAUCUAGUCUGCAAUAGCUAGUCUAUGAAAAUCAUUCGGACCUCGGCAGCGCCAAUUUCGUUUUUUCUAAUCUGUGACUAUAUUUCUUCGUGCCAGGUUAGAGCUAUUGAAACCUUAGACGAAUUUGAAGAAGGCUAUGAUAGUUCAAGGGAUGAGAUUUCAUCUGUAUCUUCAUUCAAUCCAAACAAAGGAAGGCUUGACUCGGCUUUGAGAACAUCUUUGUCCUUGCAGUCAUUUGGAUCAAGGCCUUAUGCUGAGGGUCUACAUUCCGAAGCUGAAAAUUCUAAUUUACGUUCGUAUCCGGCACUUCCUCGUCUAUCUGUAGUGACAACUACUGAUGAUGCCAAUAGGGGUAGGCGUUUCUUUAGAAGAUAAAAUCAGUUGUUUUGGUUUAAUUCGAAAUUGCGUUUUAUUAGUUGCUAUGAUAAUUUGGAGCAUUCUGCUUGUUUCUUUACUGUUAUUUUUUUUGGAAGGUAGAUAAAGCCAUAAAUUAAUAAAAGGCAUGCUUUGGUUGCAUCAGGUUGGUUGAAAAUCAUUUCCACCAAAAGAGAAACACCAGAUAAAAGCAAGAUAGAAAAGAUAACAGAUUACAAGAGAAAUUUUCACUUCUACUUCCUGGCAAGAUGUUUGAUUAGUUCAUCCCUACUUAAAUACGAAAUUGUCUUUUCUAAUUCCUUGAAGCAAGUGAUUGUCUGCAAAUCCUCAUGUUCGCUGAGAUUGAUCAAUUCCCCUGCAAUUGGUAGUUCUGUGGUCUUGGGCACUCAUAAAGCAUUAUCUAAUCCUUUCCAAUUUCUUUUUCUCACUUCAUAGCAAGAUGAACCGUGCCUAUUUGCUUGCCAAAAAGAUGAACUGCUUCGUGACGCAGUGUCUCUUUUACACGGAACACUAACAUUGCUCUGUAGGGAGGUCGAGACAACUUGAAUAAUCCCACUUCACAAAGAGGUUAUCUUUAGGUGUGGUGCAUGCAUCACAGAGUAUGCAUUUCUCAUUUAGUUCAGGUCUUAGUUGUUUGUCUGCCAAAUAGCUACUUUAAUCUAUAGGAAGAUACUCCUAGUGUAGAAUACCUGUAGGAAAGCUCUACAAUCAUUGUUUAAAACUUAUCCUCCUGAAUUUCCCCAUAUCCAGUCAUCGGACGGCCUUUGAAUAUAUGUGGCAGAUUGGUUGCCAAUGCCCGUUUGCAUGGUUUACUGAUGUCUUUCAUUGUCCCUAAAAAUUAUAUUUCAACAUGUUGUCAGAAUAUGGAAGUUAUUUUUUGGGAAGACGAACCUUCCUGACUAAUAUGCUCAGAUCCGCUUGAAUUUAACCUUGAAAAAUCCAUUUAGCAUGCUGAGUUUCUCUCUAUGUUUACUAAUGUUGAAUUGGAUUGCCCAUGAAGCGUUCCUCCAAAUUUUCUAAAUUGCUGAAUUUUAUAAUAAUGGAUUUACUCGAGCAACCUUCCAAGUUAAUGUUAAUCAAACUCAGGUGGAUAAAUUGUUUUAUGAUGUCAACUUUAGUAUCCCACCAAACCAUACUAACUUUCCAUAUUUCAGGCAUUCCCCCGUUGAGCCAUCAAAGGAAACUCUCAAGCUCCCCUUUCUCUAAGGAUGACACAAGGGCACUCCUCGGACCUGUUGAAGGUGUAGCAUGUAAGUUAUCAUACAUCAUUUCAUCCCGAAAAUCCAUUUGAGUAACAUUAAGGUCUUACGUUUAUCUUCUAUUAUUGGGCACAAGGUAAUUUAGAGAAAAUAUAUCCUUUGCAGCAGAAGGGUUUAUUCGAGGAAGAUCUUAUAACAUCAGGAUAGACGACCAAGUGCUUCUUAGGUUUUCUCCUAAGAGCUCUGAUGCUGCUUACUACUUUGGUGACACGGUAAGUAGAGGUCUUCUACUUCUUAAUGCCUGAGCUUUUCUAAAGGACUAAAUAUUUCUUACGAUUCACCAAUAGAUUGGUGGCGUUCUUACGUUCUUACAUGAAGGAGCUCAAAGGUGCCUUGAGGUGAUGAAUUUACUUUACCCUAUUACUGGGCUGGUCUAUAUCCAGUCAAUUUAUUUUUUUUCAGCCCAUUUUGGUCUUAACUAUGGGCUGUGAUAAUAUUAUACAGGUCUUGAUAACUUUGGAAACUUUGGAAACUGUCGCCCAACAAUUUGUCCAUCCUUCACGCAGGAGUUCUCCUACAAUAACAAAGGUUCUUGCCAUUUCCCACUUUUUGUUCCCGUUUGUUGUGUGUAACAUCUGACAUCGUAUGAUCUGGAUAAUAAACUGGCUCCCUAAAAGUAUGAUGUUUUAGUGACUAUUUUUUCUAAUAUCCCAAUAGUUGAUGGCAUGACUGGCUGACAUCCGCCAUCUGUUUAAUUUACCAUAUGACUGGCUGACCCCUGUGAUGCGGCUUCAUUUAUAUUACCAUCAAUAUGUGUACGCUAUGGUUUGCACGUCUGUCAGUUUUACUUACCAUAUGUUUGAUUAAGCUGUCUCCGUUAAAAAUUACCUGGUAAUCCUUGAGUACAAUUAGAUUUAUGCUACCAAAUAUGUCUGCUUCCUGCUCUUGUAAUUAUUCCAAUAUUACUACUUUACAGAAGGAUUUAUUUUUUUUUUGAUGAUUUAAGCCUCGAAUAGAUAAGGUUUGAAGUUCGUGCUGGUUACCAAGUGUCGAAAGAACUAGAAAAACAUUGCUGUUGAGAUAAAUUUUCCUCAGCCUCAAUCACUCAUAUCUCUGUGCUAUAAAGUUUAAGGGAAAUGAUAUCAUUCAUCUCAAUAUGACUCAAUAAGGAACCGUCACUAUCUAUUUUCCAUGGCGCAGUUUCCAUGAGCAUCUUUCGUCACAAAAAAAAAAUGUGUAUAAGAAAAUAAGGGUGCCUAAUAGUGUGCCCUGUCGUGAAAAAGUUGGCCGCAUCGAGUAUGAGAGUGACCUUGAGGAAAUAUUGUGCAGUAGAGUUCAUGGAAAAGUGCAUGUUAAAUGGGCUCAGAGCGUAAGCUGAUGCUAUGCACAUUCAAAUGGGUAAAAAUAAUAAUAAUUUACACGUAGAGUUCAAGUGGUGAAUUCCAACUGAGAAAUCUACUUUCCUCUACAAAACGCUACUAAUAAAUAUUGGAAGAACUCUCAUUAGAUAUGCUCCAGGAAUCACUCUGCGCUGACUCGCUCAAAUUUUGAUCGCAGGUUCAGAGCGACCACCAUGCCGUUGUGGCUGAUCUGACGGAAACUAGUUUUCUCUUUUCGAUUCCCAUGGACGGACCCAUGUCCUUUUCCACGCCUUACGUUUCUGUCCAGUGGGCUCUCCGGUUUGAAUUUUUUACCAACCCAAGAAGCGUGGACUGGCGCAGGUUUGUAUUCUGACUCUGGGACUUGAUGAAAGCAUACCCACUUGAAGUUAUUCAAUGCAUGAAAGCUUUGUAUCCACAAUAUCUUCGCUCCUUUUUCUCAUUCACAAUCUCAUGUCUUACCUCAGGCAUGAAAACAUGCCUAGUUUCCGCAACCUUUUCUUUGCUGGCAGACUCCCCUCUUCCUGCCUUUGCGUCACCCUCUCACCAUUGUCUGAUUUUCCUCAAGUGCCGCUGAAAAAAACUAGAUCACCGCCCUGAUUACCAGUUGCCCCCUGCGUGAUCCUGUUUCUGAUUGUUUAUUUAUUGAUCCCCAGGUAUGAGCAUCCUCUGCUGAUAGAGAGCAGAGAGAAAGGCGACUGGGUCCUUCCGAUCACUGUGCACGCGCCGCCGCCACGCACGAAGGCAGGGAGUUCAAAAAGUGAAAAGCCCAUGUCUCCCGGUAACCUGUGUGUCCGAACCUGA